AUGAAUGUGGCGGUGAACGCCACCCCCGGCGGCGGCCUCGCCUCCCGGCGCUACUCCCUCUUCGCCUCUGGCUGGCUGCGCCCCGACGGCACCUCGUGGGGCCGCCCCACGGGCCUGGCCCGCCUGCCAGACGGCUCCCUGCUGCUGGGAGACAACCGGGCGAACUGCGUGUACCGCAUCUGGUACCGCCCGCCCAGCCCACCGCCCAGGCCACCCAGGUAA